AUGUCGGUAGCUACUUGUGCAGAGAAGUUUGGAAUUCUGGCUGCUUAUUCUAGGGAGGCCGGGUAUGCUCUUGAUGAGAGUUGGAAGAUUGAUCUUAUUUGUUUACCACUUAAGAAAGUAGAUGUUGUGUUGGGAAUGGAUUGGCUUUCUGCUAAUUCGGUAUUCAUUGGGUGUGGAGAGAAACUAAUCAUUAUUCCAUCUAGAGAAGUUACUCCGGAAGAUGUUUUAAUUACUAUACUGGAAGGGGCUAGGGAUGAAGUGAGUGCGGCUAAAAAUAAGCUUAUAAGUUCUUGUUUGUUGCUAAAUGUUGAUGAAGGAAAAUGUGUUAAAAUGCAUGACUUAGUUCGCAAUGUAGCCCAUUGGAUUGCAGAGAAUAAGAUUAAGUGUGCCUCGGAAAAGGAUAUUAUGACUUUGGAACACACUCCAUUAAGAUAUCUGUGGUGUGAGAAAUUUCCCAUAAAUUUGGAUUGUUCCCAUCUCGACUUUCUACACAUUCACACAGAUACACAAGUAUCAGAUGAAUUUUUCAAAGGAAUGAGAAUGCUCAGAGUUUUGUUUCUUUACAACAAGGGUCGGGAGAGAAAGCCAUUGUCUACUAUGUCAUUAAAAUCAUUGACAAAUCUUCGUUGCAUGCUUUUGAGUAAAUGGGAUUUAGUUGACAUCUCAUUUGUGGGAGAUAUGAAGAAACUUGAAAGUCUUACAUUGUGUGAUUGUUCAUUCCUUGAAUUACCUGAUGUGGUUACACAAUUGACAAACUUGAGAUUGUUGGAUUUGUCAGAAUGUGAUAUGAAAAUGAAUCCGUUUGAAGUGAUUGGGAGACACACGCAGCUUGAAGAACUGUACUUUGCUGACCGUAGAUCAAAAUGGGAAGUUGAAUUCUUAGAAAAGUUUACUGUCCGCCAAGAGUUACAGAGGUAUCAAAUACAAUUAGGAAGCAUGUUUGCCGGUUUCCAAGAAGAGUUUCUCAAUUGUCACAGAACUUUGUUUCUCAGUUAUUUGGAUACAUCUAAUUGCACGAUCAAGAAUUUGGCCGAAAAGGCAGAGGUCUUGUGUAUAGCAGGUAUCGAGGGGGGUGAUAAAAAUAUUAUCCCCGACAUAUUUCAAAAUAUGAACCAUAUAACUGAGCUUUUGAUACGCGAUUCUAAGGGGAUAGAGUGUUUGGUUGACACUUGUCUGAUGGAGGUAGGAACUCUCUUCUGCAAGUUGCAUUGGCUAAGAAUUGAGCAUAUGGAGCAUUUUAAAGCUUUAUACAAUGGUCGAAUGCCUCUUGGUGGUCAUUUUGGGAAUUUAGAAGACCUAUAUAUAAGUCAUUGUCCAAAGCUAACAUGUCUCUUCACACUUGCAGUUGCUCAAAAUCUGGCACAACUGGAGAAGUUACAAGUAUUAUCUUGCCCUGCACUUAAGCACAUACUAAUCGAUGAUGAUAGAGAGGAGAUAGUUAGUGCAUACGAUCACAGACUACUGUUGUUUCCAAAAUUGAAAAAGCUUCAUGUUAGAGAGUGUGAUGUGCUGGAAUACAUAAUCCCAAUCACUUUAGCUCAAGGCCUUGUACAUUUGGAGUGUUUGGAAAUUGUAUGUAAUAUUAUGUUGAAAUAUGUAUUUGGCCUGAGCACACACAAAGAUGGUCAGAAUCAAAAUGAACUCAAGAUAAUCGAGCUUUUGGCAUUGGAAGAGCUUACUCUUGUUAUGUUGCCGAAUAUCAAUAGCAUUUGUCCGGAAGAUUGUUAUCUAAUGUGGCCAAACUUGCUUCAAUUCAAUUUGCAAAACUGUGGAGAGUUUUUCAUGGUGUCUAUCAAUACUUGCAUGGCUUUACACAACGAUCCGAUAAUCAAUGAAGCUUCAAAUCAAACUGUGCAAAAUAUAAAAGAAGUUCGAGUCAAUAACUGUGAGUUAGAAGGUAUCUUUCAGCUAGUAGGAUUAUCCAUUGAUGGAGAAAAAGAUCCACCGACAUCAUGCUUGGAAAUGUUGUAUUUGGAGAAUCUACCUCAGCUCAGGUAUCUCUGUAGGAGUGAUGUAGAAUCAACAAACCUCCAAUUCCAAAAUCUUCAACAAAUGGAGAUAUGUGGAUGUAGAAGAUUAAAAUGUAUCUUCUCAUCCUGUAUGGCAGGAGGGCUCCCUCAAUUGAAAGCGCUAAAGAUAGAAAACUGCAAUCAGCUAGAUCGAAUCGUUGAUGAUAUUGGCACCGCAACUCCCUUAGGAUUAUUUGGUCUCCCUAGCCUUGUAAGGUUAACACUAAUAUCGUGUCCCGUGCUGGGUUCGUUGUUCACAGCAUCCACUGCUAAAACCUUGUCUUCAUUGGAAGAAUUGAUGAUACAAGAUUGCCAUGGUUUAAAGCAACUGGUAACAUAUGGAAGGGCUCAGAAAAAUAGAAGGGGCGAAAUAGUUGAGGAUGAUCAUCACGACUUUCAGAGUUAUAAGUCAAUGUUCCAAAGUUUGAAAAAGAUUAGUAUUAUAAGAUGUCAUUUGCUGAAAUGUAUAUUGCCUGUUACAUUUGCAAGAGGACUGGUGAAAUUGGAAGCUAUAGAAAUCACAGACACUCCUGAGUUGAGAUAUAUAUUUGGUGAUUCAGAUCUUAGUUCCAAAACAGAUGAAGGAGAAACAAGCAUGAGCAUUGAGAGGAAGUUAAUAUCUGUUACUAUAGAGAACGGAUCCGAAAUUGAAGGCAUUUUUCAAAUGAAGGGAUUCCCAAGUGAGAAUGGACAACAAGUGAUGUCCUGGUUAGAAGACCUUAAAUUGGUCAAUUUGCCAGAGCUAAUGUACAUAUGGAUGGGUACCAAACAUUUUGUGACCCUUCAACAUCUUCACAAAAUACACAUUUGCAAUUGUCCAAAACUAAAAUCUAUAUUCUCCGUUGCUGUUUUGAGAGUCAUACCUCUGUUGAAGAUCCUAGUGGUAGAACAGUGUGAGGAAUUGGAGCAAAUCAUUGAAGACGAAGAAGAAAAUGAAAAUGUCCCAAAUCCUUUAGUGUGCUUCCCACAGCUAAAGUUUCUUCUUGUCACACACUGCAAUAAGUUGAAGCAUUUGUUUUAUAUCCCUACAUCCCACGAGUUUCCACAACUGGAAUAUGUAACCCUCAAUCAAGAUUCUAGUCUAGUUCAUGUUUUUAAAGUUAGUCCUGGUGUGAGAGAAGGGAGAGUGGAAGUUUUGCUUCCAAAUCUGAAACAUGUAAUGUUAAUGCAACUGCCAAACCUCAGUAAUAUAUGUCAAGGGAUUGUUGAGUUUCAGACUCUGACCAGUCUUUUGGUGCACAAUUGCCCAAAAUUCUCACCAACUUCAACAACUACUAUUGAGGACAUGCUACAAACUUAUGAUUGUGACAACGAAAUUGGUUUCUAUCUCCAUCCUCACCUGCACGACAUAGGUUGCACAACAACAAAUGGUCAUGAGUUCCUUACAUCGAAGAACAAAAACAAAGAGAUACAAGAAUUACAAUCACAGGAGCAGAAACUGUCACCCAUUUCUUCACCAAACUCGACCGAGAGAGUUACUGAAGACGGAACAGCAUUAAAGAAUUCAGAGAUAGUACCUUCGUCAAUUCAUUCUGAAUCUGAUAGCUCACAUUCAAGCCCACUAGCUACCUCUCAAUGUAGUCCACAUCCUCGAUAUGAAAUCAGCUUCAGCCAAACUGAGACUUACAUUAAUGAAGAAAGCAAUGGCCAUCCAAUAAACAUAGGAGGAGUCAUAGAGGCCAAUGAUCUCAAACCUGUGGUAGAGGAUGAUGAAGGCCAAAUAACCACACCUUUUGUUUAUGAAGUAAUCACAACUGAUAACUUAGUUGCAAAGGCUCUUUCUGACCUGGAAGAGUCCUUAAGCAUACCUCUAAAGGACAUAGCUAGCUCAGAGACUAACAGCCUUCGCCUCCUAACGGCUCUUAACUUCUUGUCCCACCUUUCCUUAAAAGAUAUAGCUCUGUCAGACGAACUCCGAGCUAUAAUAGACACUAUGCACACAGAAUUCCCAACCAUCCUAUGCUCCUUCAAGCAAGCCUUUAUUACCAUAGACAAAUUUGCUGCGAUUGAAGCUCAUCACGACGAGGCGGCCGUUACUCUCUCUUCCAAAAUUUCCAAUGCAAAAAGUUUUUUGGAUGAAGCUCAACAGAGGGAAGCUGCUUUAAAGGAAAAGAUCAUUCAAUUGGAGAAAGAAAUUGAAUAUCUUCAAGAGGAAAAGGAGAAAUGCAUUCAAGAAACUGUAGGCUAUAAAAUGGAGUUGGAGAAUGUAAAGAAAGACAAGUUUCAACGUGUGGAAGUUCAAAUAAAAGCACGACAGCAAAUAUUUGAGGUUGAUUAUAAAUGGUCUGCUCUACUUAGUCAGUUUCAGUACAACAACACUGUUGCAAGAAAUUUUUCUUGAUGGUUAUUGCUUUUUAAAUAAUCAUUGUUAAG